UGCCGUGUGUAAUGGCGCCGAGUCUGUGGCGGAGGCUGUGCUCGGACUGAGACAGAGCUCCCAGCCGCGUGUCGGCACCCAGCCUGGAGCCAGCCAAAGCCGCCGUUGCCCCGGAGUAUCGCGGAUCAGAAAGACAGACGCCUGUUGAAAUUCACAACCAGAACGUAUUGUGGAUCUAUUUAUGGACAUCCCAGAACCUGUAGGUCCACUUCUGUCACAGGAUCAUUUAAACCCUCCCGAAGAAAGCUGUUUCAUCAGUAAUACGAAUUCAUAUCAAGCUAUUGACACUGUAUUGAACAUGUUGAGCGAUAAGGAUCCAUUGCUGCCAUCAUCCAGUGAACCAUUCAGAUUGGAGCUGCAGGCAGAAGGUAGUGAGCAGUGCCAGACAGACACAACUGAAGCCCUAAGGUUGGGUGAUGUAGGUGCUGUCAUCACUGCGUUAGAAGAGGAUGAACAUGAAAGAGCAUCUGGGCUUCAAGAAUCUUCUCAAAAUAGCAACAACCCUGAGCCCAGUCCAGUUCAACCCAACAGGAAGUCCCCCCGUCUCCACACGCCAGUAUCUGUGGUGGAGAAUAAAGUGGAUGAAAACAAAGAUCAGUCUGCAAGAAUCAUCCACCCAAGCAGUAAAGAAUUUAAAAAGACAUGGGGAUUCCGACAAACAACAAUUGCAAAACGUGAGAAUGCAAUGGAGGCAGAGAACUCUGACACUGCUCUGAGUGAGAACUCUGACCAAUUGACCCCCUUAUUGCGAAGGAGCAGACGACAGACUCAAAGAUCUGCCCGAGUCCAGGAAUUUAUUUCGGCAGCUCAGAAGCGCUAUCGUCGAAUGACAGGCCUUGAUGAUGGUGGUGAAUGUGGAUCCAUUGCAACUUCUGAGGCAGGGACAGGAUCUGAUGGCAGUGUGGAAGUAGAUGAAAAAGGUGCUGGAUCUCUAGACGUGGUCACAGACCAGGGCUCUGCUCAUAUAUUUGAAGCAACAAAUGAGGUGGCUAACUCUGAUGAAGACAGCAGCACCAACAGUGACAGUGAUGAACUUACGUUGAAGGAGCUGCAGAAUCAGCUGAGAAAACAGCGUGGUCAAGAACAGCCUGAUUCACCACAGAGUACAAACAAAGUGCAAGAAGCAUGCACAGAAGAAAAUCAAUCCAGGAAAGAAUCAAAGUCUCUAGUCAUUGCAAAAAUUAAGAAGAAAAUAGUCACUCCUGUAAAGAAAGGUACUAAAAGUGGUACCACUUCAAAGGAAAAAGAAUCCAAAUCACAAUCUGAAGUUAAGUCAGAGACAGAAGAUGAUGAAAGUUCAAUCAACCAGUCAGACAAUGACUACAACGACCCAGAUAAAUUGUAUUGUAUAUGUAGGCAACCACAUAACAACAGAUUUAUGAUCUGUUGCGAUCGCUGUGAAGAAUGGUUCCAUGGCGACUGUGUGGGAAUUACAAUGGCAAGAGGACGCUUACUGGAGCGCAAUGGAGAAGACUACAUUUGUCCUGAUUGUAGUCCCUCUCCAAGCAAAGGUUCAGGCACCGCAGAAAUGAGGUCUGGUCAACAGGAAAGCAAAUCAAUGCUGGCAAGCAACGACGACCCCAGUUCAACAGUAGAAAAGCGAGAUGGAAACUCUCCCACUGAUCAGGGAAUAAAAGGCAGGAUUGAGAAAGCAGUCAAUCCAAGUGGCAAGAAGAAAAUUAAAAUAUUUAAGCCGACAGUGGAAAUUCCUGCAGUGCCAAAGUGUAUUGGGCCUGGCUGUGCCAACCUGGCCUCUACUGACUCUGUGUACUGCAGCAGUGCCUGCAUACUCAAACAUGCUGCAGCCACUAUGAAAUCACUCAGCCAGGCGAAGGAUCAGAAACAAAAGACAAAAGGAAAAUCAAAGGCGGAGAAGGUGGCUUCAUCCAAGUCCCUUGCAGAGGCGAAUUCGAAACCGCCAGCAGCAGGUCCUCACAAAACUGAAGAAUUAAAUGCGAAAGAAAUUCCAACCAGAAAAUUGGUAGUAUUGGUCCAUAAAAGCCCCAUGCCAUCACAAAAGGAAACUGUAUCGACCGAUGUUGCAGGGACUUGGACGAUUGAUCAUAAUUACAACGCUGUAAAACCAGAAAAGACUCUGAUAUCCACUUCAGUUUUUUACAAACCGUUUCCAAAGGGCGAGGGAACUGACACCAAGCAAGCUGAUUCUGAAUCUCCAGAUGAACAGCCUCUUGCAACUUUGCAAUCUACUUCCUCAAAGCCAUCAGCGGCGGUGGCUAAGCAACCUGCUGGUUCAGUGGAACACCGUGUUGUACCUAAACGGCCUAUUCCUGCAUCUCAGCAACUUUCUUCAUCCAAACAACAAACUUCAUCUAAACAACAAACUUCAUCAAAACAUCCAAUUUCAACUAAACAGCAGAUUUCAUCCAAACAAGGCAGCACUGGGUCAGAAUACCGAAUACCAUCUAAACAUUCUGCUUCUGCAGCCAAACACUCUGUAUAUUCAUGCGAGCAGCCUCCAGCUAAAACACCUGCAGAUAAACAGCCAGUUCAGCCUUUAGCCCCGGCUGCAAAAAACAGCAGCCAGCUAUCUAACCCUCAGAUCCGACACAAUAUCCGCCGGUCACUUAAGGAGAUCCUUUGUAAAAGGGUGAAUGACUGUGAUGAUCUUGAUGUAACUGAAGAUACAAUAGGAAAAAUAGCAGUGAGCAUUGAAAAGGAACUUUUCACCCUGUUCCAAGAUACUCACAGCAAGUACAAGAGCAGAUACCGGAGUAUUAUGUUUAAUUUGAAGAACCCCAGGAACCAGGGGCUAUUCCGACGUGUUGUGCGAGAAGAGAUUGUUCCAUUUCACCUGGUACGUAUGAGUCCUGAAGAAAUAGAAUCGAAGGAGCUGGCAGUUUGGGAAGAGAGAGAGAGCAGAUCUACCCAGGGACAAAAUGAAAGAUUACAGCAUGAAACCAAAGGAUCAGCCUCACGGGCAACCAACAAACAUGAAGUAGAUAUGGAGGAGGCACCGCCCAUGUCAGAUGCUGAUGAGCAGGAAGAUAUGCGCCCUGCUCAGAAGAUUAGCCAUCCCCUACCUGACAUCUUCAGCAGCAUGCUUAAAGACACAACAGAUGAACAUCGAGCUCACCUAUUUGAUCUGAACUGCAGAAUUUGUACAGGAAAAGUUCAAGUCUCAGACGAUGAACCAAUGCCUAAGAAGCCGAAAGUGGUAACCAAAAAAACCGAACCAAAAAUGAAAUCAAGGCUCGAUAUGAGACGUCAGCAAGAACAAGACAAAGCAACAGUGACUGUUUUAGCACUUGGAGAGAACCAUGGUUCAACCCAAGAAAUGACCACUCUUUCCACUCCAUCAGUAGUCUCUAUGGCUACCAAUGCAGUUACUUUACAGCCUAUUUCAGAACAUGCCAGCAGCUCCUUCAUAUCACCAGCCAGUAAUCCAACUGGAGCUGCCAGGACAGAUAGAACAUCCAUCACUGUAGGUUCUUCACUUAGCACCUCCAUUGUCCCUAAACCUAUAUUAUCAAUGUCUUCAGCUGGUACCAUGGUUUCUGAGACAGUGAUGGGGAGAACCUUUGGUGCUGAAAAGGAGGAGGACGAGGCACCAAAAUCCAUUUUGACAUCUGCAGCUCCCAAAUCUAUAUUGACAAAACCAUCAACUGCACCUGAGCAAAACUACACUGUAUCAACAACAGUAAGGAUUUCAGAGGCAAAGACUCCAGCAGAAUUAGAUACUUCAUUGUUCCUCUCUCACCUGGAUGCAAUUUGGAAAGGAUUUAUCAAUAUGCAUGGUGUAGCAAAGUUUGUCACUAAAGCCUAUCCAGUCUCUGGAUCUAUUGAUUACCUCAUUGAGGAUUUGCCUGAUACAAUUCAUAUUGGUGGCAGGAUUUCACCCCAUACAGUCUGGGAUUAUGUGGGAAAACUGAAGUCAUCUCUCUCCAAGGAAGUCUGUCUCAUUCGUUUUCACCCAGCCACGGAGGAAGAGGAAGUCACCUACAUUUCGCUCUACUCCUACUUCAACAGCCGGGGGCGCUUCGGCGUGGUGGCAAAUAACGCCAGACACAUCAAGGACCUCUAUCUAAUUCCGCUUGCUGCCCAUGACCCGAUUCCCUCCAAAUUAUUACCUUUUGAGGGCCCAGGUUUGGAGAAGAGUCGCCCCAAUCUGAUCCUGGGCUUGGUUAUCCGGCAGAAGGGGAAGCGGCGGCUGCUGGAGCCUGAACCCGCCAGUGUGGCCGAGCCAGAUAGAGGGGAGAAUAUACCAGCCGAGGAGAAGAGGAGUCGCCUGGCCGUCCCCGAGGAGGUGGAGGGUCAGCACCGUUACCCAGGACCGCCCGCCCCGGCCACCAGAGAGGGCAAAGUGACCAAGGGCACCGUCCUGUACGGAGAGACCACCACCACCCUCACCAACACCACCGGCACCAGCCCACCCGGCUCCCCACCUCCAGAAGCGGAGGCGGACCCGCUCCCAGCCCCUCCCAAGGUCAUCCCGCCCUCCGGCCCGCCGCCGCCGCCGCCCGCCCCCAGCAAAAUCGGCCCGGCGGCCCCCGGCAAAGUGGCCAACCCGCUGCAGCACAUCCUCCAGACCCUGUUCGGGGGCAAGAAGAGCUUCGAAAAGGCGAAGGACUCCCCGGACUCGCCCGGCUCCAACCCGGAGCCCGAAGCAGCCCCUUCCUCCUCCGCCCCCUCCUCCUCCUCCUCCUCCUCCUCCACCACCACCACCACCACCACCUCCUCCUCCUCCUCCUCCUCCUCCGCCUCCGCCCCUCCUCUGCUGGACCCCAUUGUCCAGCAGUUCGGACAGCUGAAGGAGGAGAAGGCGGGUCCGGGUCCGGAGGACGACGACAACCGGCCGUACGACCCGGAGGAGGAGUACAAGCCGGAGGCGGAGGCGGUCUACGACCUGGAGGACGCCUACGACCCGGCGGACGAGACCAUCCUGCAGGAGGCGAUGGUGCCCAUGGGCGGUGAGGCCGGAGCCGCCUCGGAGACCAAGAGCAGGGGCGUGGCGGUGUCCGGCGAGCUCUACCUGAGCUCCCUCCCGGCCGGCUCCUCGCUGCAGGAGCAGCAGAAGAUGCUGGAGACCCUCAACCAGCAGAUUGAGGAGCAGACCCGCCAGGUGGAGGAGCAGGAGGAAGCCCUGAGACAGCAGCGGGCGGCCGUCGGGGUCUCCAUGGCUUGUUUCUCCGUCUCGGACGCCCUCAUGUCGCCGCCCCCCAAAUCCUCCACCGCCGCCUUCAAACCCGAGCUGUUCGAGGGGCCGGAAGCGGCCGGCACCGGUCAGCUGUCCGGCCAGGAGCUCCCGGCCCCCUCCGGCCUCUCCCAGAUGAUUGACCAGAGCCGGGACCCCCGCCAGGCGGCCGUCAGGAGACUGGCCCCACCAAACCACCACCAGCCCCACCGCAGCCCGGCUCCCGCAGACGGUGCAGCCCUCCCGGCCGACCAGCCGCUCUCCUCUUACCCGGCGGUCGGCGCCCCGUACCCCAGCCCCGGGCUCCUGGAUCCCGCCGCCGCCGCCCUCGCCGCCGCCCUGGAGGGACCGGCGCCAACGCCGCUGCCCGGGGACGGGGCCGCCCCCAACUCCUGGGGGAAGGAGGAGGCGCUUCACCCGCCCGCCGGGACCCAGGAGGCGGCCCCCCCGCCGGGCGCCGAGCGCCGCCUAGGGUCGCCUCAGUUGCCGGACUCCCGGGAGCGGGACCGGGAGCGGAGCCGGACCCACCCCGGGAGGCAGCGGGGGGACGUCGGCGGCGGCGGCGGCUACCGGGGCGGGGGAGGCGGGGGCGAGCGCCCCGACGCCCGCCACCCGGCCGAGCGGUUCCGCCGUGGGGAGGACCGGCGGCGGGACCGGGAGCGGGAUUACGGGAGACCCUGGGAGCGGGAGCGGAGCUGGAACCGGGACCGGGACUGGGAGCGGAGCCGGGAGCGGGACCGCAGCAAGAACCGGGAGCGGGACCACGACCGGGACCGGUACCGGCGGAGGGAGCGGGACCGCGACCGAGAGCGGGACCGGGAGCGGAGCAGAGACAAGGACAGGGAGCGGGAGAAGGAGCGAAGCAGAGACCGGGGGAAAGAGAGAGAGCGGAGAGAAGGGAGCAAGAGUAAAGAGCAGGACAAGGACAAGACUGAGGAGCUGGAGAGCAAAAAAACAGCCCCAGAAACAGCAAACAGCAGCAAACCCGCAUCGUGAGCCCGCCCGUCUCCGCCUGAAUCACCCCCCAAGAGGAGAAGGUGCCGCCGGAGGAGCUCCUGCUGUGUGACAACAUUGGGCACAGGGACUUGGACUCGACGGCGGGACACUUGGUACAAUUUGCAGAGUGAGAGAAGGGCGAGGGAGCAAAGCGGGAUUUUUCUCCCCCUCCCAGAUAAAAUUUAAAUCCUAGCUCCCGGUUUCCACAUUGUUCGCCGU